UGUGCGCAGGCGCGGGGUGAAGCCGCGGCGGGGCCGGAAGGAGUGCAGCGGCGGCCUCGGCGGCGGCGGCGACGAAGCUGUCGGCGGCCGCUCCUGGUGACUAAAAGCCGUGGCGACAGAGGCCGCCGAGCCCGCUUGGCGAGCCGGCGAGCUGAGUGGCGAUAGGUUCCAUGCCCAGCGUGGGGCUUGAACUCGAGACCCCAAGACUGAGACCUGAGAUCAAGAGUUGGACACUCAACUGACUGAGCCACCCAGACCCUUUUGAACAGAUAGUCACCAUGUUUAGAUAUUAGCAAGCACGUAUGUGUACGUCUGCAUUUGAAAAUGGCAGAGGGAAACAAUAAUGAAGAAGUAAUUCAUUUGAACAACUUUCACUGCCACAGGGGACAAGACUGGAUCAAUCUCAGAGAUGGACCCAUCACCAUAUCUGACUCCUCUGAUGAGGAAGGGGUUCCUAUGCUGGUCACCCCGGCUCCUCAGCAACACGACGAUGAGGACCUGGAUGAUGAUGUCAUCCUGACAGAAACAAAUAAACCUCAGACAUCACGACCCAAUCUCAUCAAACCAGCUGCCCAGUGGCAAGAUCUCAAAAGAUUGGGAGAAGAAAGGCCUAAAAAGUCUAGAGCAGCCUUUGAAUCAGAUAAGAACGGCUAUUUUUCAGUGUGUAACAGCUCAUUGUUUGAUUCUGGGGCGCAGGAUGAUUCUGAGGAUGACUACGGUGAAUUUCUGGAUCUUGGGCCUCCUGGAGUUUCUGAAUUCAUUAAGCCAAGUGGCCAAACAGAAAGAGAACCCAAACCUGGACCAAGUCAUAACCAAAUAGCAAAUGACAUCAUCAACCCAAGGUCAGAGCAGAAAAUCGUUAUCUUGGAAGAAGGUAGCCUUCUUUCACCAGACAGCGAUCCUCUGGACACUCAGAACCAGUCAUCUGAAGAUUCAGAGACAGAGCUUUUAUCAAACCUUGAAGAAUCAACUGCUAUCCUGGAUGAUCAGGCCAUCGAAGAAGACUGCUGGUUAGACCAUCCUUACUUCCAGUCCCUAAACCAACAGCCCCGUGAGAUAACAAACCAGGUUGUUCCUCAGGAGCGGCAGCCUGAAGCAGAACUGGGCCCAUUGUUGUAUCAGCAUGAACCCCCGGGACUCACUUUUCCAAGACCAGCUUUUCCAAGACCGGAACCCCAACAGGAUGGGAUUCCAGGCCCCUCUUCUCCUCAGCCUGCCCAUCCUCUAGGAGAACUCGAAGACCAACAAUUAGCAAUAGAUGAUGAAGAGCCAGGGCCAGCCUUUCCACUCCAAGGAUCUCAGGAGCCUAAUUUGGAAAACCUUUGGGGGCAGGAAGCUACUGAGGUAGAUCAAGAACUCGUUGCACUUUUAGUGAAAGAAACAGAAGCCAGAUUUCCAGAUGUCGCAAAUGGGUAUAUUGAGGAGAUAAUUCAUUUGAAGAAUUAUUAUGAUUUGAAUGUACUUUGUAAUUUUCUUCUGGAAAAUCCAGACUAUCCAAAGAGAGAAGACCGAGUCAUUAUCAAUCCCAGUAGCAGCCUGCUUGCCAGCCAAGAUGAGACAAAGUCGCCUGAGAUAGACUUCUUUGAUUACUCUCAGUUGGUUCCUCUCGACCAGCGCUGCUUCAUCCAGGCUGCUGACCUCCUGAUGGCCGACUUCAAAAUGCUCAGCAGUCAGGACAUCAAGUGGGCCCUGCAUGAGCUCAAAGGACACUAUGCAAUCACCCGAAAGGCCUUUUCUGAUGCCAUUAAAAAAUGGCAGGAGCUAUCACCAGAAACCAGUGGAAAAAGAAAAAAGAGAAAAGAAAUGAAUCAGUACUCUUACAUAGAUUUCAAGUUUGAACAAGGUGACAUAAAAAUAGAAAAGAGGAUGUUCUUUCUGGAAAAUAAGCGGCGACAUUGUAGGUCCUACGACCGACGUGCCCUUCUUCCGGCUGUGCAGCAAGAGCAGGAGUUCUAUGAGCAGAAAAUCAAAGAAAUGGCAGAGCAUGAAGACUUUUUGCUUGCCCUCCAGAUGAAUGAAGAGCAGUAUCAAAAGGACGGCCAGCUGAUUGAGUGCCGCUGCUGCUACGGGGAGUUUCCAUUCGAGGAGCUCACUCAGUGUGCGGAUGCUCACUUGUUCUGCAAAGAAUGUCUCAUCAGAUACGCCCAAGAAGCAGUCUUUGGAUCUGGAAAGUCAGAACUCAGCUGCAUGGAAGGCAGUUGCACAUGUUCGUUCCCAACCAGUGAGCUGGAGAAGGUGCUUCCCCAGACCAUCCUGUAUAAAUACUACGAGCGGAAAGCCGAAGAAGAAGUUGCUGCAGCUUACGCCGAUGAGCUUGUCAGGUGCCCCUCCUGCAGCUUUCCUGCUCUGUUGGACAGUGAUGUGAAGAGGUUCAGUUGUCCCAAUCCUCGCUGCCGGAAGGAAACCUGUAGGAAGUGUCAGGGACUCUGGAAAGAACACAAUGGCCUCACCUGUGAAGAGCUGGCUGAGAAAGAUGACAUCAAGUACCGAACCUCCAUUGAAGAAAAAAUGACUGCAGCCCGCAUUAGAAAAUGCCACAAGUGCGGGACUGGCCUCAUCAAGUCUGAAGGCUGCAACCGCAUGUCUUGCCGCUGUGGCGCCCAAAUGUGCUACCUCUGUCGCGUAUCUAUCAACGGAUAUGACCAUUUCUGCCAGCAUCCUCGCUCACCGGGAGCCCCUUGCCAGGAGUGUUCGAGAUGCUCUCUCUGGACCGACCCCACUGAGGACGAUGAGAAGCUGAUUGAGGAAAUCCAGAAGGAGGCUGAAGAGGAGCAGAAGAGAAAGAAUGGAGAGAACACCUUCAAACGCAUCGGGCCCCCCUUGGAGAAGCCUCCAGAGAAAGUCCAGAGGAUCGAAGCCCUGCCGAGGCCCGUCCCGCAGAACCUGCACCAGCCACAGAUCCCCCCCUAUGCCUUCGUGCACCCGCCCUUCCCCCUGCCGCCCGUCCGGCCCAUGUUCAACAACUUCCCUCUCAACAUGGGCCCAGUCCCAGCGCCCUACGUGCCCCCUCUGCCCAAUGUGCGUGUCAACUACGACUUCGCUCCUGUCCACGUGCCGCUGGAGCACAACCUGCCUAUGCACUUCGGCCCGCAGCCACGGCAUCGCUUCUGACAGCUCUGUGUCCUGCGUCCUCCCCGGAGCCCUGCCGCUGAGCAGCCCAGCCUGUGCAGGGCCAGGGUUCUGUAGAUUACCCGCCUCGCCCCCAAGGCCAUGCCUUCAGAGUAGGGAUCAUGCACUUGGCUCUCAAAAGGAUAGGCUGGCUUUUUUCCUGCUCCUUCCUGGGAAGGGCUACUGCCCCUUGAAGAGCGGCCAGCAGGCCAGUGCCCUCAGGUGCCUGUAAAAGGAUUGGUCUGGCACUUGCUGGACCAGAGAGUAGGGCCUCCCUAGAGAGUUCCACUGUCCAAGCCACAGUGCAGGGACCCUCACCACAAGGUAGCUCGUCUCUGCUCUGUCAGUCCUGUCCCUGCAGACAGAGAUGAGUGAAGUGUUUGGGUCCGUCCCCUCCCCUGGCAGACCUCAGAAGUCUCUCAGUUAACCACAUAGGCCUUCCUUACCGCAGUAUAGUCUGAUUCUCGAUAAAGCUGAAGUCCCAGUUGGAGGGAGUCGAGUUCGGAGAGAGCUGAGCUGUCUGAACCAUGUUGUGAAGGCUGGGUUCUCCCCCCGCCCCCACCCCAGUGCUGCAGCCCA